CCGAGCCCUGGGCGCUUUGGCUGCAGCUGCGUCCGGCGGCAUUGGGAACUUUUGGAAGCCAAAUCCCCCCUAGAAAAGCCCCUCCCCGACGCCCGCUCCCAUGGGCAACUACCUGAGCACACCCAAGGCCGAGCCGCCACCCCUCGCCCAAGGGCGCGGGAACCCGCGGCCCAGGCCUGCCCAGGCCGAGGACGGUGGGCACCGCAUCCGCUCGGGACCCCUCCCGCAGAUGCCGCCCAACUGGCACCCGCCCAAGCAGCGGAGGGUGGUCACUGAGGCAUGGAGGCGCUUUCCCGCCAAGCCACCUGCUGAGACAGUCCUGGGGCCGGAUCUCUCCGGCGCCUGGGAGAGUUACAUGAAGCGGUGGGUUUGGAGUGCCCGCCACCCGAGACGGAUCUGGAGCCCUGUGACGGUCAGGAUCGCGGCCCCUGAGAGCAGAGGGAACCCGUGGGUGUCCCGGGCACAGGGGCAUGGCGCCUGCUCUGCAGGGCAUCCACUAGUGGAGGAGCGCCCAGACCCUUGUGCCAAGGAGACCGUGCUGAGGGCUCUCAGCCAGUGCCAGAAGGGGAACAGGAAGUUUGACGGGCCCCUGUGGUUUGAGAUCCCAGAGAGCACAAGCAGGAGGCAGAACCCAGAGCCCAGGCCAUCUGCCUUUAAGCCCCUGAUCAGAAAUGGUGUGGUCCCUUCCUUUGUGCCCAGACCAGGGCCUCUAAUCAAAAGCUUUCACUCCUGGAGCUACAGUGUCUGCAGGGAGGACGCUGACCUCGAGCCUGAUGCCCAGCCUUCACUGUCUGCUACCCACCCCACUGCAGGGGCGGUGUCAGCCCAGGGCCCAGAUCCUCAGCUGCAGAGCUUGGAGAAGAUGCAGCACUCCAGGGGCCUCCCACCUUCCUACAGGGCAUAGGAACCGCACCAGGAGGGUCUCUCCCCAGCCUGCUGGCCCCUUUGGCUCCCAAGAGUCAGGGCCCUGUUACCUGCCUCCUGAAACUCAAACCUUUAUAUUUAUUCUCAUCUUGCUCACCCCAUACUCUACCUGACACAGUACUACUGCAUACCCCAGACCUGCCUGUCCUUACUCUGGAGAGCCCACACUGAAGAUUGUUGAUGUUAAACCCCUUGCCUCCUCCUGCUUGCCCACUCCUUCCUGCCUUUUCCCCUUCUUUACUGGAAGGCAUUCUUCUUUCCCCACCUUCCCUAU